AUGGUGAGUGAAAGUGAGCAGAUCCAAUACAAGGUACAGCUGUUGCUACAUAUCAACAGCAUCCUUUUGGCAAGAGUUAUACAGAUGACGAAUAAUUCAAGUGGUGGUAAUAGUUCAGGAACAAUGCCCGAGCAAGUGCAGUCUCUGGCGUCACAAUAUUUGAAAAGGGUUCAUGCCAAUUUGCAAUGUAUAUCGCAGAUAAACCAAGGUGCGAGGGGUGCGAAACCCUUGAUAUUGGAACCUCCGCAGUUGCUAGUGCAACUGCCAGGUCAGGACAUCUUGGCCAAGUUGUACCUUUUGAUGAGCCGAGUGUUUGAAAUCUGGUAA